UUCACCACCUAGCCAAGCAAAGCACUCCACAGCAAAAGCUCUUCCACUCCAAUCAAUCCCUAGCAAAGCAACACCACCAAGAGCCAGCCAGCUCCUCGAUCUCGGUGACGCGACGCUUGCAAAGCGAGAUCGAUCGUCUGCAUUGCGGUGCUCGUCAUCCACCGAUCUCUAGCUAGUCGAUCUUCUGCCGGUGGUGGCGAUGGCGACCGACAGGAGGAUACAGCCGGCCGGCAGCGGCAGCGGGGGAGGGGCGACGGAGGAGGAGGCCGGGCUCGGGAAGCGCCUGCUGCGGGUGCUCCGCGCCGUGUACCACAUGCUGCGCAAGGGCCUCUGCCGCAAGCGCCUCAUGAUGGACCUCCACCUCCUCCUCGGCCGCGGCAAGCUCGCCGGCCGCGCCCUCCGCGCCCACCUCGCCCACCACCCGCAGCCCCACCACCUCGCCGCCGCGGCGGCCGCCGCCGGCGCGUCCCCGUCCGCGCUCACCAUGUACCAGCACAACCCGCGGGACGUCGAGUUCAGCUGCGACACCACGCCGCUCUACGCCGCGGCCAGCCCGGCCAUCGCCUUCCCGUUCAAGAUCGGCCGCGGCAGGGGCCGGGGCGGCAGCAGCCUCGGCGGGCUCGACGCCGCCACCGUGGCCGCCGCCUUCGAGAUGAUGAACGCGCAGGCCAACGGCGGGGAGACACCGGGAGCCACCGGGGCCACGCCGUCGCCGCUGCUUGCCCUCAGCCGCGGUCGCUGCCCGGCCGGCGCGCGCCAGCUGCGCGUCACCGACUCGCCCUUCCCCGUCGAGCCCGAGGGCGUCGACGAGCGCGUCGACGCCGAGGCCGACAGCUUCAUCAAGCGCUUCUACGAGCAGCUCCGGAUGCAGCAGUCCACCACGCCCGACAACUGCGUCCGCCGCCGGGGCUAGCGCUAGCGAGAGAUCCAUCGUCCCGGCCGCUUCCGCCGCCGCCGCCGCGAACACGCACGCGCGAGCCUAGCUGUUGCGGAUGCAUGUGAUAAAUACGUGGCGCCGGUCGAUUGUUUCACUGCCAUGUGGGUCUCGAGUUUUUCUAGCUGCCUGCAUGCACAUGCUUGCUUGUAAUUUCCUCGUUUGUGAUAAUCCCUCCGUAUGGUAGAGGGCGAGGAGACGAGAUAAACAAGGGUUCUCAAGCCCCCCAAACUUGUAUCUGUUAUAUCAAGAUGGUAUCAUGCAUAUGAGAUGAAAUAAUAAAAUUUUGCACAUUA